AUGAAUCACACAAAUGAGUACAGGCGGGAAGAGGUAGGAGCGGCUAACGAACAAUUCCUUUACAACAAGACAGUGAAGUCCGUCUACGCAGACGCACUGAAGGACAAGAUGAAUAGGGAGCAAACGAUUGGUCCGCAUGAUAUCAGGAAAAGAUCAUUUGCUGAUGGCAGCGAAACGGACAAAUGUGACGUGGGUAAAGAAAAUGAUUCCACGUACGAGGUGUUCAAGAAAAAUCUAGGCGCUCCUAUAGAUCAUCAUGACUAUGACGAUGAUGACUACGACGACGACGACGACGAUCUUUAUUCUGAGGACGACGGAUAUAGCGAUGAAGAUUACACAGAUGAGGCAGACAAGAGUUUCAUAGAGGAAAGCGACUCAAACGACUACGACUUGGAAGGCGAUUCAGAGUUUGAAGAAAACUGGGAGGGGCCAGAUGGAUCUAGAGGGUUGCAAUGGGGGAAGUAUAUCUUUUAUGGGGCGUUUUUCCUAAUUCUUUAUUUUCUUGGUUAUUUUUUGAUCACAUCCAUGAAAAAUAAUGAAGACGACGGCCCUAAAUUCGGUGCUACAUCAUCCUCAGGUAAAUCAUUCGCUAAUCUGCAGAAACAGGUAAAUCAUUUGUACAGUGAAUUGAGUAACCGGGACGAAAAACAAAGUUCCGAACUGGAUAAAACGAUAAAAGUCAUCAUCUCCCAAUUCGAGAAGAAUAUCAAGAAACUGUUACCUUCGAAUCUGGUCAAUUUUGAAAAUGACAUUAAUUCGCUGACGAAACAAGUCCAAACAAUUUCUACCUCUAUGAGUCACUUGCAGAGGCAAAAUUAUGGGUUCACUGUUGAAAACGUUACUCAAUGGCAAGAUCAAUUAAUUAAACAGCUGGACAGCCACCUCCCUCAAGAAAUACCUGUAGUAAUUGACAAUUCCUCGUCGCUUCUAAUUAUCCCUGAAUUACACAAUUAUUUGUCUGUGUUGAUUUCUGAUGUUAUUGAGUCUCCGGGGAUUAUCACCACUGGCGGUGAUAAAAACCCCUGGGAGUAUGAUUUGAAUCACUAUGUAAAGGAGAUCCUCUCAAAUGAAUUACAGUACAUUGAUAAGGAUUAUUUUAUUCGAGAAAUGAACACAAGAUUGCAGUCGAACAAACAAGAGAUUUGGCAAGAAAUCGCAAAUAAAUUAGAAUCACAGCAACAGCAGCAUGUUCAACAAGACUAUUCCAAGGCACCACAGCAAUACUCGAGUAUUUUGAUGAAAAGAUUAAUAAAUCAAAUUUACAAUUCUAACCAACAUCAAUGGGAGGACGAUUUAGAUUUUGCCACUUAUGUUCAAGGAACGAAAUUAUUGAACCAUCUGACUUCACCGACCUGGAAGCAAGGCAAUGGGGUGCAACCGAUAGAGUUACUGACGGACUCCAAACAGAGCUCUUCAACCUACUGGCAAUGCGAGAACGAACCAGGGUGUUCAUGGGCCGUAAGAUUCAAAACUCCUCUAUAUUUGACCAAAAUCUCAUACAUACACGGCCGGUUUACCAACAACUUACAUAUAAUGAACUCAGCACCAAAGGUGAUUUCACUGUACGUAAAGCUGUCGCAGAUCAAAGAGACCAAGGGAUUGCGGUCCUUGGCAGGCCAGUACGGUUUCGGGCAGCCCCACAAGAGAGAUCAAAACUACAUCAAUAUUGCCAAGUUUGAGUACAGGUUGACAGAUACCAGAAUACGUCAGCAAAUAUCUUUACCACCAUGGUUUAUUCAAUUAAAACCUCUUAUACGCUCGAUAGUCUUCCAAGUGGAUGAAAAUUAUGGGAACCAGAAGUUCACGUCUUUGAGAAAAUUUAUCAUCAACGGUGUGACGCCCCAAGAUUUGCAAAUCAUCGAAAACAACGAGUUCCCUGUUUUAUUAGGGGACGUUCCCGAAUAUGGUGUCGUUCAGAACAACAACAAAGGUAAAAGGAAGGCUUUGCCGUCAACGCCCCCAUACGCAUCGCCAUCUAUGAUUAGCUCCAGGUUCCAUCCCGCUUCAAGCGUUCCAUCGUUCGGGCAGGAUGAACUAGAUCAAUAA